UUGUUAUACAUGCAAUCAUUUUAUGUUUCUACAAUGAGUUAUGUGUUAUAUAUGUAUUCUGUGCAUAAACCUAAAAUCGCCAGACUGUAAUCGUGUGCAGUUACGUGCAGCUGGCAACACGAUAUAAUAUUGAAAGGGUGCGAUUAUUCAAUUAAAAUUAAUGUUAAUUAAAGGACUAACUCGAAAUUUAAAUACUAAAACGAGUAAAGGACAAAUUUAAAACUAAAUUUAUAUUUAUACUUAUAUCUACAGAUAUGAAUGCAGAAGAGAUCGUUAACGACCUGACAAGUGCAUGACACGCGAAAAAAUAUUAAUACGUUACAAAAUUAAAGUAAAUUAAAUAAAAAAUGCGAGUGUUACCAGUAAUUUUUCUUUGGUUGCACUAUCUGUCAGUUUGUAAUGGAUAUCGUUUGCUCGGAAUAUUUCCCUUACAAAGCAAGAGUCAUUUUGGCAUGUUCGAACAACUGAUGAAGGGCCUGGCCAGGAAGGGCCAUCAGGUCGACAUAGUCAGCAGUUUUCCAUUGGAGAAGUCUUAUCCAAAUUACACUGAUCUCGUGACACUACCAACAACUAGAGAGGUGGUGAACAAACUUUCCUAUGCUGAAAUGAAGAUCUUUACUACGAAUCCGACGUACGUUAUUGGGACAUUGGGAGGAAACGAAGUUUGCAAACAUUUAGGAAACACGAAAAUAAAAGAGCUGGCGAAACAAAAGAAUCCGUCUUACGAUGCAAUUAUAGUAGAGGUUCUUGCUGCGCAAUGUUUCAGUAUCAUCGCCCACAUAUUAAAAAUUCCUAUGAUCGGGGUCACCACCAGAACGCUGUACCCAUGGGUACCUCAGAUAAUCGGUCAACCUGAGAAUCUGGCCUUCGUGUCGAAUAUCAAUUUAGAUUUUACCACCCCUAUGAAUUUCUGGCAACGACUAUGUAACGUCUUGCGCACACUCUACGACAAGUGGUUUUUCGAUUAUUUGACGACACGGGUGCAAGACAAAUUGAUAAGAGAGAACUUCGGACCGGACAUGCCGAGUGUACGGGAAAUCGAGAGGAAGCUGUCGCUGAUUCUCGUCAACUCUCAUAUCACGCUAGAUGGGAUACAGCCGAGGACACCUGCCGUGGUGGACGUGGGAGGGCUCCAUAUCCAUGCUGAAAAUCAAACCUGUUGCACCCAAUUGCAACCUGAACUAAAGAAAUGGAUGGACGACAGUAAAGAUGGUUUUAUAUAUUUCACGUUUGGCUCGAUGGUGACGAUAGAGACGUUUCCACACGAGUUUUUAAGGAUCCUUUACGCCUCCUUAGGCAAAAUUGCACCAGUGCGGGUUUUAAUAAAGGUAACAGCUCCGGAGAAACUGCCAUCCGGUUUGCCCGAAAAUAUCCACAUAUCUCCUUGGAUGCCGCAGCUCAUGGUAUUGAGACAUUCUAAUAUAAAAGCCUUUAUCACCCAUGGCGGAUUCAUGGGCACGCAAGAAGCGAUAUCAUGUGGUGUCCCUAUGAUCGGUAUACCGCUUUUCAUGGAUCAAUUUACGAAUAUAAAUGCUUACGUUGUCAAAAAUAUUACCAUACGACUGGACAUUAAUGAGAUUACCGAAAGAAGCAUGGAUGCAGCCUUAAAUGCAAUAUUAAAAAACCCUCUAUACAGGGAAUCUGCGCAGAAUCUAUCCCGACAAUUCCUCGAUCGACCAAUGAAUGCUAUUGACACAGCUACUUAUUGGAUCGAGUACGUCAUCAAAUACGGCGAAAAUUCUUUGCGAUCGCCUGCGAUGGAUAUGACCUGGUGGCAAUUGUCUCUCGUCGAUGUCAUAUUGUUUCUCUUGUUUUGCGCAACAAUCAUUAUCGCUGUAAUAGUAUUCAUUGUGCAAUUCAUAUUGAAAUUGAAGCACAAAAAUUCUAAUACGUUAUAUUCAAAAAAGUUUAAAGCAAAUUAAUUAUUAAGCAUAGAUAAAUAAUUCUAUGCGUUUUGCUUUAUAUUUAUAUCUCUGCACAAAGUUUAUCAAAGAAACAUAAUUAUAUAACUUUGUUAAUAAAAGUAUUGUGGAACUUAAAUAAAAGAGCACCGUGUUUUUC